ACGCAUUCGGUUCAAUGUCGUUGUAAAGUUGCGAUCUUUAUUUUGUGCCCAACAUGACUGAUUCGGAGGAUUUGUACGUUGUUUUCUGAUUGACUGAACGAUGAUAUGGUGCUAUAUACAAUGAAAUAGAGAUGUCUAAUGUAGUACACAACAUCUCUUCGCAAGAGAACAUCGAGAAAGAGCUGUAUUUCUUGAUUUCGAAGUUUUUGAGCAAUGGUCCCUGCACGAAAGCAGCUGAGGCUUUACGUAGAGAGAUCGAGGAGAACCAUCUUUUGCCAAAACGCAUAGAUUGGCUUGGAAAUGAGCAUCAUCGAAGUUUUAGUGACCUAGAACGGGCCAACGGCUUCAUUUCUGCCGACUACCUGCUAAGAAUAUGCUCUCGAGUUGGACCCCUCCUCGAUCAGCUGUAUCCAACAGGAGUCGCGGGAUCCUGUUCGCUGCUCGGGUCAGGAAAUUAUUCCUUGCUCAGGCAGAGCUCCAGAGUCCGAAAAGUCCGCACAAGUUGUGAUGCUACCGUGCGUCGACAUGGAGCGGCACCGUGCCUUCCACCCGGUGUUGGUCCCCCCAAUAUUGCAAUGGUACUACAGGGACGUUCCCUGAAUGAACUGCCGAGCGCCUCGCAACAACUUUCCAUCAAGUUUUUUGCCAAGGCACAACUUUUUCGAAGACUCCUCGGCCAUCUGUCGUCUGUUUACUGUUGCCUCUUCGAUCGUAGCGGCUACUACAUUUUUACGGGCGCCGACGACCUACUAGUGAAAAUAUGGUGCGCAACCGACGGCCGCCUGCUGGCAACAUUGAGAGGCCACUCUGCGGAGAUAACGGACCUGGCUGUGAGCCCCGACAACGGGCUCCUGGCCGCGGGGUCGUGCGACAAGGUCAUCCGUGUGUGGUGCCUUCAGACAUUGGCCCCAGUUGCCGUGCUCUUGGGGCACACUGCCAUGGUGACGUCCCUGAGGUUCUGCCCGUAUCCGAAAGGCAAUCGACAGUUCCUCGUGUCGACUGGAAACGAUGGGUGCGUCCUGUUCUGGGACUACUCCAGCACGACCAAGACGUUCAAUCACAAGCCCCUGAAGUUUGUGGAAAGGAGCCGAGCUGGUGCGCAGAUGGUGUGCUCCUCUUUCAGUCCAGGAGGUACAUUUUUGGCCACUGGAAGCACAGAUCACAUGGUGAGGGUCUAUUACGUCCUGGCAGCCAACGGUCCAGAGCGUAUUGCUGAGCUCGAGACCCAUACGGACCAGGUGGACAGCCUGCAGUUCGCCAACCAUAGCUGUCGCUUCGUCAGUGGUUCCAAGGAUGGCACCGCCAACAUAUGGAGCUUUGAACGUCAACAGUGGAGAGCCAUUACCCUCAAGAUGGCCACCAAGCUCAUCGGCACGGAGGAGCAAAUCGAGGAGGAUCCUAAGCAGAAGCUCAAGGUGACCAUGGUUGGAUGGAGUCUGGACGACAAGAUGGUGAUCACUGCAAUCACGGACUACUCCAUCAAAGCUUGGGACAGCAACACCGGGAAGUUGAUUCAGACACUCACUGGACACGAGGACGAAGUGUUUGUGCUUGAGAGCCAUCCAGUGGACAGCCGUAUCCUGCUCAGUGGUGGCCAUGAUGGUCGCAUCGUCCUCUGGGACCUCAUGACUGGCACGAUGAUACGCAGUUUCUUCAACAUGAUCGAAGGCCAAGGCCACGGUGCGGUAUUCGACUGCAAAUUUUCUCCGGACGGACUCCUCUUCGCAUCCACGGAUUCGCACGGCCACAUUAGCAUCUUUGGCUUUGGAUCCAGUGAUCCGUACAAGAAGGUGCCGGACGAACAGUUCUUCCACACGGACUACCGUCCGGUGAUCCGCGAUGCCAACCAGCAUGUAUUGGAUGAGCAAACACAGUCCGCGCCCCAUCUCAUGCCUCCACCAUUUCUGGUGGACAUUGACGGUAACCCCUACCCUCCGGCGCUCCAGCGGCUCGUUCCCGGCCGUGGACGCUGCUUGGACUCUCAGCUUGUUCCUUACGUCGCUGUCCUUGCAAAUGGGGAGGCAGAGAUUUUGGAGCCGGUGAUGCCAAACGGAAAUGAGGAAAGGGGCAUGAUUGAUGAGAUGAUUCAGAUUCUCGAAGUGCAGCAGGCACGGCUCGGACAACAACAACAACAACAACCGCAGGAAGCCCAUGGUUCCCUGCAGUCUCCUGCGAGGCCCUCGCAUCGUGCUUCGAUCACAGGUCACUCUCCCGGUCCACAUCACAGCCGAGUGGGAAUGCGCCGGACGGGAGAUGUGGAAGGCGUACGGCAGUCGUCGGGCAAUUGGCAGUCGCGGGACGACACGCAGCAGGGGCCCAGCCAGGUACCGCGUCCCGCUCGUCCCGGCUGGAUCGUGAGGCCCCUGCCACCCGGCCUGCAGCAGAGUGCCGACACCCGGGCCGUGGCCAUGGCCAGGCGAGAGCAGCUACUCUUUGUCGUCGAGAGCCAUCGGCGCCGACAGAAUUCUGAAGCGAAACCUCCUGCAGAAAACGUGCUAAUGCUCAACAGCAGGCACACUAGGAAAGCAGCUGCACAAAAGUCCAAGGCGAAGAGCUCGCAAACAAGAUCGACGCGUAGUGCCCCUUCAAACAGGGAAGAUCCAGAAGAUGCGGAAGAAGUUACAAUGAGCUCAACUACAGACACCAAUGCAGUCGCCUCAGACAGCUCGGAGUCAAGUUCGAGCGAAUCUGACGACUCCGAAUGGUCCGAAACACCCAAGGCGUCGAAGAAACCAUCCGCUACAAAGACUUCCAAACGUGUGCCGAGAGCGAUGCAGCGGCAAGAGGCAGAAGACUACGACACGAUUGACAGCGGAGACACGGAUGAAAACGAAGACUCUGGCGAUUUUGAAGACGAAGCAGACGUCAGCGAAAGCGAGAAGAAGACCGUGGAGAAUGGAGAUGGAGGGGGACGUAGAACGAGAGCGAAGGCUAAAAACAGCGACGACGAUUACUCUGACGGGGAACAGAAAAGAAAGAGUGCGCGGAACCGGGAAAGGAAGCGGCAGAGGAAGAAACAGGAGGCGAGGGCGCCUCCUGGUGGUGGCAGCAGCAGGAGGCGGUGUACAAUGGCCACGGCAAAGGAUGAGAUCGCUGAGCAGUCGACAGAAUCCGCAUCUCCGGAAAGGCCAAGCGCCGGACCAUCUUCGCUACCUCCAACCAACAACAAGAGCGUCCUGCGUCCUCCGGACUGGCUGACAGACGUCUUCCCACGAAGGACGCCAUACUUUCCGCAAGUGGGGGACGAGGUGGUCUACUUCCAUCAGGGCCACCAGGCAUACGUGCAGGUUGUCAAGCGUUGCCGUGCGUACAAGGUCAAGGAUCACUCUCAACCCUGGGUUCGGCACCACAUCCGCGAGCAAGAGCUUGUAAAAGUGCUAGACAUCAAGUUUGAGCUCUGCCCACCCCACCUGUGCUGCCUCAAGGUCCAGCCCAUCGACCCCAGCAAGGGACUUCCAGACGGCGACCGCUUCGUGAUCCGUUACCACGACAUGCCGGAUGUCAUCGACUUCCUCGUUCUUCGACAGACUUACGAUCACGCCAUGAGGAGAAACUGGAAACCGGGAGACCGUUUCAGAAGCAUAAUUGAUGAUGCCUGGUGGAUGGGUACCAUCAACGCUCAGUCACCACUCCAGCCGGAGUUUCCAGACUCGAUGUUCCAGUGCUUUACAGUAACGUGGGACAAUGGAGAAGCAGAACGCAUGAGUCCUUGGGACUUUGAGCGUAUCGACCCAUGCAGGUUGCCGGAAAACGUCGGUGGCGCCGUGCCAGUCACUCAUGACGAGCGCCAGAGCCUGAUAUACCGACCCCGUCUGGGCGAAUGGCCACGUUGCGGCCGAGACGCGUUUUGCGACCGCCUGGUGCAGGGCAUCGACAACGUCAUGGAGCUGUCCAUUGCGGAACCGUUCUCCGUGCCGGUGGACCUCAACGCCUACCCCAUGUACGCGAGGGUCGUCGCUUAUCCCAUGGACCUGACAACCAUUCGCACACGACUCGAGAACCGCUUUUACAGGAGAGCGGAAGCGGUGAAGUUCGACAUUCGGUUCAUCGAGGUGAACGCAAAAAAAUUCAACGAGCCUCAGAGUAAAAUCGUGCAGAAGGCUGUGCUACUUGUCAGGCUGUUGUCGACGUUUCUCGAUGACCAUUCCUGCCGUGAUGUCAUCAAACUCUACCAGAAACUGGUGGAGAGCAACAGUUCAGCGGAAGGGUCGAGCCGUGCAUCGGAACAGGGCGCGGACAGCUCUGGAUCGUCGGACGUCGAAGUGGGCGGGUCGUCGUCUGCGUGGUCUGGAAGCAAGCGGAAGAAGGCUAUGCCGAGGCGAGACGCAAAGCGGUUGAAGGCUGGUGUUCCGGCGCCCAUCUGCUCAUCCACGUGGAAGACACAGUGUUCAAACCUGCUGAAUCUGUUCUUCGAGUGCGAGGACUCCACACCAUUCCGCCAACCGGUCGACAUCAACGUCUACACGAACUACCUCGACAUCAUUGAUCACCCGGUGGAUUUGAGCACCGUGAGGGAUCGUCUGCAAAGCAACCGCUACCCGGACCCCAUGGAGUUCUGCAAGGAUAUGCGCCUUAUCUUUGCAAACUCUAGGAACUACAAUACAAACAAGAAGUCGAGGAUAUAUUCAAUGACGAUUCGUUUGUCUGCCAUGUUCGAAGAGAGGAUACGCUCGAUCGUUAGCGAUUGGCGAUCCGCAGUGAAGUAUGAAGCAAAGGUGAAGAAUAAUCAGUAUGUCAGUCAGAGACGACACCCAGCAAAUGUUGAAUUUGCAUUUCAAGAUGCGCAGCCGUCCUCGUCUCGAAGCAGUGCACGAGCAAAAGUCGUCGUCGAACCGGUGCCAACAGUCAGGGCAGCUGCGUUACGAGCUAAGAAGUACAUGGAGGAGUCCGACAGCCUUCUAGAUGAGAGCGAUGAUGAAUGCGAGUCCAACAAAGAAAAUUCUCGUGUCAACGGCACGAGACCUGUCAGAGUCAAAGCUCAAGAUAACGUGCAAGUCAACGACCGGCGUAAUCGCUCAACCAAAAUGUGCACUACAAGACCAAAGAGGAGCCAGCGUCAACGUCAACCUCCGCCGCCGCAUCGAACUAGAAGCGCAUCUUCCAGCGAGAAGGAGCUUGUCCUCGAAAGCAGACUUCGCAAACGGAAAGCCACGCAGAAAUUUACGGACGACACCACGGACGAUGAUGACGAUGAAGAGAGUGAGGAUGCUGAAGAUGAAGAAGAUGAGGAGCAGGAAGAUGAGAAUGGAGAAUGCAACGAGGAUGGCGAGGAAAAUGGCGAACAGGAGAACGACGACGACGACGAUGAAGAAUACAAAGACGAUGAGGAGGACGACGUUCCUCCGCGUCGAAAGUCCACGCGCCGUGCUGCGCGGACCAAUGUGAUAGGCAGCGACGACAGCAGCACCACGAGCAGCAUCAUUGCGACAACUCGGACUCGAAGUAGGACACGCGUCGUUGACAGUGACCAUUCCGAGGACAACGCGGGGAGCUCGCGGAGCAGUGGGACCUCUGUGACGUUUGUGACGGACCAUGAUUACGGCAUGCCGCGACGAUCAUCGCGCACGCCGCGUCCCCCAAAGACGUUUGAAACGGAGAAGCCACAGGCACCGAAAGGGAGGAGGGUGGAGACGCGGAAUCGCGGCCACCAGACAGUGCGUUACAGGGAAGAAGAAGAAGAGGAAGCGUCCGAUGACGACGACGAUGAUGAUGAUAACGACGGCUUGGACUGCCACGCGCGCGAAGUGCUGUCCGUCAGCAGUCGCGGGCGACUGCGCAAACUGUCGAAGCAUGCCACGCGGGCCAUGGUGGCGCAGUGAUUGUGUGAUAGGACUUCAAUUGAAAAAAAGACAGUCGAAAGAAAACCUAAUGUCAGACGUAGCACCGCUACCGAGACUGCUAACUUGGGUGAGUUACUCUAUGUAUGUACUUGUGUGUUAUGCGUUGGAUAGCAGGAAGACACUGCACACUGCUUUUCUUACGUUCUACGUGCAUCUAGGAAAAAUUUCCGUAGCACUUCGAUGAUUGGGCAUAGGCCCGACUGUCGUAAAAAUCUGAAAUUUUUGCCAUUGAAUACGUUCAGCUUAAUGUUGUACGGGAUGAUUGUAAACCGCCGUCUUAUGACACCACAAGAUUAGCAUCGACUAUUGAAAUCGAGGCGUACCGAAUGGCAUUGAUAAUCUUUUGUUUUUGUUACUGUACUUUAAUCAGGACGCUUAGGUACAAUUUAACGGAGUACCACUAAGCAAAAUCUCUUGCACGACGCAGGAAAGUGACGGUUAAAGCUCUUGGUGCGAAAUUUUCGACAAAAAGUAUUUAUUCGAGGUGAUUUUUUUUUUUCUAGUCUAGAAAAAAAAAAAAAAAAUGGCAGCGAUACUUCGUGUGUGCCUAUUUUUCACAUUUGAGCGUUAAAUUUGCGAGAGGACACGCGGAAGCAUGUGUUUUUCUUUCUGGCAAGUUUUCCAAUGGGUACUGCCUGGUUGUAACUUGGUUUUUGUCGGCUUUGAGGGUGAAUUUUGAGGUUUGUGUAUGUAUAUAUAUAACGUGUACAAAGUUUUGCCUGAAAGUUUAAGGCAGUGCAGCUCAGGAUUAUUUCUUGUAUUCUCUACGUUAAUCCCAGCUUUUCUUGCUCAUAACUAUUUAUUUCUCAUCGCAGCAUGUUGCGUAAAGCGGUGGCAUGUCAGAUCAUCAUGUGAGCAAUUGAGCGUACUUGAUUUGUUAUUUUGAAUGUGUACUUUUGCACAUGAGUGUCUGUAGCUGGAAAGCACAAUAUUGUUACAGUGAUAAGCUGUUGUUAAACAUUUUGUAAAAGAUUGUUGACCCAAGAUAAAACGAUAUGUUGUGGAAACUUUUUGUGCACAGGUCAGUACUGGGAGCCAAACAAUAAAAACUACUAUAUUUAUUGAAAGAUAUUUAAAAAUUCCUCGCAUUUGGCAUGCAGUGGGAAACGUGGAUGUAUAAAACCUAAGGUAUAAAGGCGUUUGGCACAGUUGAACCUCUGUGUGCAACAAGGGGAUAAGCGGUACACUUCCUCAGAAUAUUUGGCAAGAUGAUUGUAGCAGGCGCUCCUUGAACAAAAAAAAGAAAAAUACAUCAUACAUGUACCUGCUAGUAUUAGCAUCGCUUUGGAGUGUGGAACUCAGCGGGGAAGGAACAAAAUCCGGGACUUAUACCCUUCAAUAGAAGACAGGGUUUCUGCAUAUAUUAAUUUUUUUUUUCACAAAUCGAACCUUGAUAGAUCAACAAUGGCAAUGCUACGCUGUACAAAGUCUCACAUGUUUUACAAAGUAAUGAUGAUCCUAUGAAAAAAUGGCAUACCUGCAGCCGCCUUCAUAGCCUGCACGUACCAGCUGCAGGCUAUGCCCCUUAUUACUAUUAAAUUAAAACAUUUACAUUAAAUUAGCAUCAUUAUUAAAUAGCCCCCUCAAGCUUUUUUUUUUCAAUUAAAACCUAAUAUGAUUUCCUACACUAGCACGAUCGUAUAAGGUCGCAAGAACAUGUAUCCGCAAUGGAAGUUUAUUUCCAUGCGUAUUGUAGCACCAAGCAGUAGGAACAUUAAACCACAAGGUCAUGUGAAUGCCUAGAAAAGGCACCGAAAAUCGACACGCAUAUAUCAUGUUUCUGACCCUCCUCUAACUCUUAAAUAAAUUGUUAACAGUUCCAAGUUUCCUUGAGCUGACACAUGCUAUCAUUCAGAUGCCAUUGCUGCAAGAAUACUGUCCAUUUGUCCCACUAAUGCAUACUGAGGUUCAGUUGUACAAACCAAAAUGUGCAUUUAAAAAGCAUUCAAAACAUAAAGGAUGUAGAAAAACAGGAAGUGGCUUGCUCGACACUUUUUUUUUUAUGUUUGGAGCUCGAAUGGGUCUGCACGCAAUUUCUAGUCUGUGUCCAGAAACAAAAGUCUCGUUUGAGAAAAAAAAAAGGAAACGAAAAGAUUUUGGCUGCCGCAUUGCAUAUUAUUGUAAUUUAAAAAAGUUGUGUGUGCGUGUGUAGAAUGUGAUUCCGCAAAUCCACUGCCAGCAAACAUGAAGUGAGAAAUCACACAAUGUUCAUCCACUGAGGUGCACACGUUUGUCAUUUCUCUGUAUAAAUUGUACAUGGAAUAAACGAGUCAAGCUGUA